AUGUUGAAAAAUGACUGCAGUACUUCACCACAGUUUGGUGUAACUCAAGGUUCUGAAGAGGUAGGAAAGGCGAUGGUGCGAGAACUCGUUCAUAAUUUCUUAAUGGACCUCUGCUGCUCUCUAAAACAUGGCAUUACUUUCUAUGAUCCAAGUCUUGGAACUUCUGGCAGGGGAGGAAAUAUAGUGCUUCUGCGCUUUCUGCUUGGUUUAAAAACUGCAACAGAGGAUGAAAUGGUUGCUGAUCUCGUGGUGAAUAUUCUUAAAGUAUGUCCAGAUCUAUUGAAUAGAUACUUCAAGGAGACCCAGUAUUCCUUUGUUCCUAGAGUGAAGUCAACUUGGACGGACAAUAUGAAGUUACUCAAAAAGAUCUAUGAGGCUCAGCCAGAGAUUUCCAAUUCUUUUAAGACUUCAGAGUUUAUUCCUCUUCCAAGGUUGCUUUCUAUGGUGAUGGUAACAACAGUCCCUGCAGUGUGCAAUAAAACGAUGUUCACCCAAGGGCUAAAUUUACCCAGCAAAGCAGUGAAGCACAGCAUACUAUCACUCGUGUCAAGUGUCCUGAAAAGAGCCUUGAAGAAUAUUGAAUACUGCUUAAAUGAAGAGACUUGGCAAAAGUCAGAAAUCUACUCACUCUCAGUGAUGCAGGAAUUUGUACAGCUGUACAGAGAAGCCAUCAGCAAGCUUUUACCAGACAUGAACAACAUAGUAGCUGUUUGGCAGUCUCUUCUGAAGCAAGGGAAGGAAAACCAAGAUGGACAAGAGGAAAAGAAUGAAACUGCUGUGUCCGCUGUAGAGGAAAUGACUGAGACGGCAGAAGUUGCUGAACAACAUGGUUCAGAUGAUGCUGAGACGCUGUUUCUGAAAGCUGCAUUGCUUCAGGUCAUCUGUCUUUAUCAGAAGGUUGUGCCCCACUUGGUAGCACGGAGCAACUUUGAUUUUAGCAAGCUGCUGAAAGGUAUUGUCACCGAGCAGGGCCUCCGAGAGGAGGUCCCCCAUGUUCUGCAGUAUCAUGUACUGAAAGUAGCUUUGGAGCUUCCUGCAAAUAAAUUUGCCUGGUUCAGAGUACAGGAUGUCUCUGACACAGAGAAGAUAGCUAGUGAAAAAUCAGUAUUUUAUUUACUGAUGAAAAUGUUUGUUACAAGUAACCAUUCUUAUCUGAAAAUUUCAACGAAAAAACUGAUCAUCAAGGUUUUACAUGACAGCGGAGUGUUUGAGUACACAUGGAAGGAACUUUCAAUUUGGCUGGAACACUUAGAUAAUACAAAAGAAGACAAAAAGGAAGCAGUGAUUCAAUUUUUGGAAAGGAUCUUGCUGAAACUGGUGACAAAUCCCUAUCCAUAUACAGAUAAAGCAGCAGACCUUGUUCAGGAGGCGAGUAUGCUCCAAGUUAACAUGUUUAAACAGGACUCCGAUAAUGUCAGCAUCCCCAUCUCUCACAUUGAUGAUGUCCUUGAUAUGGUAGAUGUCCUAGUUGAGGGCAGUGAUGGCUUAGAUGAAGAAAUUGGGUUCACUUUAAAUGAAGACACUGUUAUUCAAACAUUUCCAUUCAGUGCUGUUGUCCCUGCUGCAUUAGAAGCCAGGAAUAAACUGCUGCUUCAGACUGAAAAUGAAACAGGAGCACACAUCGUAGAGUAUCUCGUUGGUGUUUUCACUGAUCUUCUACACUCUCAGAGAGAUGCCCUUGCCCUCUGCUUGAUGUUCCAGCUCUAUGAUAAAGAUCUGCAGUCACUGAAGGUUUCUAAGUAUCCUCAGCUCUACCAAUUUAACCAGUAUUAUAAUCUCUGGAUACCUCAGCAAGCUCAGGAACCUGUGUUCAAAAAACGCAAAGAGAAAUGCAAAGAAACUGCUGUGGCCCUGGAUACUGUGUUUACAACUUUGCUAAAGAAUGCCUAUGCAAGAGGAAGCAGUACCUUACUGGAAGAUGAUAUCCAGACAAAACUGAGAGACCUGGCUUGCCAGCUCCCAUCUGAACAACUUUUGUUAGGGGUGAAGCAUGUAUUGCUGUACCUGAAAUCCACAGUGGAGAACUUUGGCAGUCUUAGUAAAACUGCAGGUCCUCACCUUGUUGACCUCUUUGUGGACCUGCUGAACAGCUUGUUGUGCCGGGGAAAUCAGAUAGAGUUGGAUAAUCGACAGAAACAAGAAAAGCAUCAGACUGAAUCGGAUCUCUUUAUGGAUGAAGAGUCUCUGAUUACAGAGGAGUCUUUAAACGACAAGACCCUAGAAGAUAUGUUUAUGCUGAUUUUCAAACAUCCGACGCUGGAGAGUUGGUUCCUGGCUUUAGAACAACGUUCUCUUCCCCAGCACAGUUUAAAUCCUGUCACUGUGAAGCUUCUGUCAGCUCAUGUCAAUUCUGGUGUGCUCCAGCUGCUGAAAACAAGUGCCCCUAUGUUGCAGAGCAUGAAUCAUAUACAUGUGUUAUUGAAGUAUUUUGAAGCUAUCAUAAAAAGUGUCUUGAAAGAGCUACGGGCUGUUGGAAAAGGAGGAAGCCAGGUCUCUCCUAAGAGGUCUCACCAGCUAGAGGCUCUUCAAGAACUGCAUGCAUACAUGUCUGCAGCUCAGUUGAAAGAGAUCACUUUAACCAUGCUGCGACUUCCUGAGAUGAGCUUGACUACUCAAAAAUCUGAAAAAUCCCCUAAAAAGGAACGGUUGAGCUUGUAUGGACAGAUUUUGGUGCAGCUCCUCAAAGACAGCUACCAAAGACAGCCCCAACAAGGAGAACUGCUGUCCACAGAGCACAUUAAAGCUUUGGGGAUAUUGAUGUCAGCAUCAGCCAGUGAAGAUUUGGAAAAAGUUUUCCUUCAGGCUCUCCAAAGUGAGCCAGUAUUUGCACACGCGGUCAGUGUGGAGGUGCAAGUUUACUGCCUUAACCAGGGGUCAGAAACUUCCCUUGCCAUUGUAAGCAUGCUGAUAAAGCACUGUAGGACUCACCUGCUGCAGUUCGAGCUGUGGUGUCUAAGCUGUUCCAUUGAGAAAUGCCUCAGAAAAAACAUGGAGAGAUUUCUUCCGCUCAUUAACGUGUAUUUGCAGUGCAGAGACCAGUAUGAUUUCACCCGACCUUCCACAGUUGUCUCAGCUGUUCUACCUGUCCUGAGAAAGGCUCUGUGGAAAGAGAUCUCUGGUGUACUUCAAGACUCAGAAGCAUCGCGUGAGGUCACUGUGAAGUUGCAAGUUCUUUCAAAGCUAUUGCCAUCUUCACAAAGCAAAGGGCUGCGAAAGCUUAUGGACCAGCUCCCUGCUGCUCUUGAGAAAGCAGGAAAUAAUGAGAGUUGGACAGUAGCAGAUGCCAUCUCUAGAGUGCUUGAAAACUCCGAAGAGCUGCAUUCCUGGAGGAGAAGCCUGUUAUCAGCCUGCAUGAAAGGAUUAGUUGUCAUGUACAGCAGCAGUAAAGAUGAAAGCAAGCAAGAUGUGGAGAGGCCACUGCUACUGAGGCUAGAAGAAUUACUGAGCUUAGUUGAAGAAGUGGACCCAGAUGACUGGUACAGCCUUGUGAAGACGGGGCUAAAGUAUCGCUACAGAGAUGAAGCAUUUCUGAAGGUCCUGAACACUGCUAUUCAGUUAUUAUACAAGGAAGAAUCCUCACUUAGUCAGAGAUUAGUCAAGCUCCCCAAACUUCACAUGAUGGUCACGCACCACUCUCUAUUUUUGUCAGCCAUGCUGAGGUCAAGAGAAGAAGAUGGCACGAACAUCCAGACAAGAGAGGCAUUGGUGGAUAUCCUGCUGACAAUUGUGAAACUUGACCCUUCGGUAUGUGAGAGCAGUCACCUUGCUGUGCUGCUGGGAGCCUAUGGGGCUACGCUGAGUGCUGUAGAUCAGAAGAUACUGCUGCUGCUUCAGUUAUAUGAGAAGAAUGAUCAGAGUCUUAUAAAUUCCAGAAUCUUGCUGUGGGGUCCAGCUGCUGUGGAACAUCACAAGACUUGCAAGAGUCUAGGGAAGUCGCUAUGGCAGCAGCCAAGCAUGGAGGAGAUUCUGUGUCUGCUCGAUCGAGAUAAGAUGAUGAAGACAGUUCUGUCUUUCCCUCAGCAUCGCCGUCUUUUGCCAUCAGAGGUGCUGUGACUUAGGCUGCUGAAUUAUCC